AUGCAUUUAGCAUGCCUAUUGGUUACCUGGGGUGGGUUUAAUGUGCCAGAUUUAAAGCAUCCACCGUACGUACGUUUGCUAUCUGAAAUCGAAAGUUACAUUCACUGGGAUCCCCAAGCCGAAACAAUCAGAAAUGAAGUAUCCAAUGCCAUUAUCAAUCACAUCAACUACCUGAAGCAACCUUUUCAUAGUGAUAACGAAUGGAUAAGGAAAGAUGUGAUAAAAAGUAGCAAAUAUCUAGCGGAGAGGAAUGACUUGAUUGUUACGAAAGCGGAUAAAGCCAAAUUGACGGUUGUAAUGAAUAAGGCUGAAUAUGAAUCGAAGAUGCUUACGUUAGUGAAUGACACGGAGACCUACGAAGAGAUUAGGAAUGACCCCACGUCGUCCACACUGAAAAAGAUCAAUGCUAUGUUUGACCAAUGGAGCCAAGAGGAAUGGAUAGAUAAAUGCACAAAAUUGAAACUAAAGGUUUAUAAUUGUAACCCGCCACGAGUGUACGGGCUGCCGAAAACGCACAAAGAAGGGAUGCCGCUACGAUUAAUCAACUGUACAAUUGAUCACCAUAUAGUGAAUAGCUUUGAAUUUGUCGGCGAUAUUCGACAGCACAUUGUAACCAAUGAGUGUGCGUUGUUUUCGUUGGAUGUUGUUUCACUAUUCACAAAUGUGCCUGUGGAUUACGCCAUAGAAAGUGUACGACUACGAUGGGGCGAAUUGGAGGAGCACACCAAGAUUCCUGAGAGCAGCUUCAUUGCAAUGCUUGAGUUGGUGUUGACAUCAACUUUUUUCAUGCAUCAAGGUCGUUUCUUCAAGCAGAAAUUUGGGUUACCAAUGGGAUCUCCCUUAUCGCCAGUUGUAGCAAACAUAGUGUUGGAGAGGGUUGAGAGAUGUGCGCUGGAACAGUUGCAUUAA